UUGUGUGCAAGUGACAUCAACUCCAGCUCCAGUGAGUCCGAUGAAUCCAAACCAUCUUACCUUAAGUUAUCGUUCAUGAGAUGCACAUAAUUACAUGACGUAAUUGUUCAACAAUAAUAAUAUUCAAAUUAACAUUUAAUUAUGGCUUCAAUUAAAGCGAUCUAUUUAUAUUUUCUAGGUGCUUAAAGUAUAUAUAUAUGGUGAGAGGAGGGUCUCUCGAACGAAAAUUCCAAAACAAAAAUAUCUUAUAUUAAAAAUAAUAAUAAUAAUACAAAAUAGUAAUAAUAAAAAUAAUAAUUUGCUGUCAUUUAAAAAAAUUAAUUCACGAUUUCUUUAUUGCUGUCAAGGCAUAUAAUUAACUUUCUUUCGAUCUCGAUCUCUCUCUCUCUCUCUCUCUCUCUCUCUCUCUCUCUCUCUCUCUCUCUCUCUCUCUCUCUCUCUCUCUCUCUCUCUCUCCCCCAGGCUUCCCUCCCCACACAUCCUCUCUCUCCCUCUCAUCAAGGCAUAUAAUUAACUUUCUUUCGCUCUCGAUCUCUCUCUCUCUCUCUCUCUCUCUCUCUCUCUCUCUCUCUCUCUCUCUCUCUAUCUAUCUCUCUCUCGCUUCACCAGGCGGGGCUGCAUCCACAUCAACUCUCUCCCUCGCUUCAACAGACGGAAGAAAAAGUCAACCUAGCAGUCAAUUCGUCAACUUCAUAGCAGUACUGAGUGGCUACUUUACUAACGCGGAAGAAACGUCUUCAGGAGUAACCUCUGACUCCAAAUACGCCACGAAAAUAGUUCCCACAGAGAUUGAAUCAGAUGACGGGGUCAGUUGUUUUUUUAUACAACUUGGUCAGAUAAAAAUUAAAGUGGUGUCACUUUUAAUUAGAAAAGGAGUCAGUUACAAAUUAAAAGAUGUCACUUGGAAAUUAUUCUGAUAAAUUUGUACCUUUUAAAAAAGGUAAGACAACUAAUGCCGGAUAGUUUUAAUAGGCCGGACUGUGGUAGGCCGGACUAUCGUAGGCUGGACUGUGGUAGGCCGGACUGUGGUAGGCAGGACUGUGGUAGGCCGGACUGUGAUAGGCCGGAAUAUGGUAGGCAGGACUGUGGUAGGUCAGGCUGUGAUAGGCAGAACUGUGGUAGGCCGGAAUGUGGUAGGCCGGACUGUGAUAGGCCGGAAUGUGUUAGGCAGGACUGUGGUAGGCCGGACUGUGGUAGGCAGGACUGUGGUAGGCCGGAAUGUGGUACAACUGACUGUGGUAGGCCGNGGGCUGUGGUAGGCCGGACUGUGAUGGGACGGACUAUGGUAGGCAGGACUGUGGUAGGCCAGGCUGUGAUAGGCAGGACUGUGGUAGGCCGGAAUGUGGUAGGCCGGACUGUGAUAGGCCGGAAUGUGUUAGGCAGGACUGUGGUAGGCCGGACUGUGGUAGGCAGGACUGUGGUAGGCCGGAAUGUGGUACAACUGACUGUGGUAGGCCGGACCGUGGUAGGCCGGACCGUGGUAGGGCCGGACCGUGGUAGGCCGGACUGUAGUAGGCCGUACUGUGAUAGGCCGGACUGUGGUAGGCCGUACUGUGGUAGGCCGGACUGUGAUAGGCCGGAAUGUGGUACAACUGACUGUGGUAGGCGGAAAUAUGGAGGAGCCGACUGUGGUAGACCGAAUUGAGGUUGAUUGGACCGUAGCUAAUAAAACAUGAAGUUACUAAUGAAUUAAAUAUUUACAGAAAAGCCACGAUUAUUUUUAAGGAUACGUUUGUAACACAGAGCGAAUAUUUAUUUUUUGUUCCCUAAUAAAUUUAGACUUAAGAGCCAAUGUUUCGUUUUGAAUACAACAGUUAAAUUGUCCCCAGAUUGUGGUGUUGUAUGGUGAGCAUUAUUUUGACAACAAGUUAAUCCAAAGAAUCCUGUACGUUUUAGACGAAAAGGUGAGAGGGGAAAAAUUUGUCAUUUAUCCCUACGCACUGACAUCGGCGGACUCAAGACUUCUCGUGUCUCGGUAAGUGGAGUGAGGGAAGUUAUCUCUCGGUUGGUAGAGUGAAUGAAAUAUAUCUUGGUAAGAAGAGUUGUGAAAUUAUCACUCGAUAAGAAGAGUGGAGAGGUUACCUCUCGGUAGGGAAGAGAUUAACUCACAGUAAGAAGAGUGACGAGAUUAUCUCUCUGUAAGUAGAGUGGUGAUAAUAUCUCUCGGUAAGUAGAGUGGGGAGAUUAUCUCUCGGUAAAUAAAUAGAGUGGUGAGAUUAUCUCUCAGUAAGCAGAGUGGGGAGAUUAUCUCUUGAUAAGUAGAGUGUUGAUACUAUCUCUCGGUAAGUAGAGUGUUGAGAUUAUCUCUCGGUAAGUAGAAUGUUGAGAUUAUCUCUCGGUAAGUAGAGUGAAGAAACUCUCUUCAGCAACGUUACUCAUAUAACUUCCUGUAUUUAACAAAUAAAUAUCGGUUUGUGAGCAGAAAUGUUUCAGUAGGCCCGGAUCCUUAGAAAUGUUUCAGUAGGCCCGGAUCCUUACAAAUGUUUCAGUAGGCCCGGAUCCUUAGAAAUGUUUCAGUAGGCCCGGAUCCUUAGAAAUGUUUCAGUAGGCCCAGAUCCUUACAAAUGUUUCAGUAGGCCCAGAUCCUUAGAAAUGUUUCAGUAGGCCCGGAUCCUUACAAAUGUUUCAGUAGGCCCAGAUCCUUACAAAUGUUUCAGUAGGCCCAGAUCCUUACAAAUGUUUCAGUAGGCCCAGAUCCUUAGAAAUGUUUCAGUAGGCCCGGAUCCUUACAAAUGUUUCAGUAGGCCCGGAUCCUUACAAAUGUUUCAGUAGGCCCGGAUCCUUACAAAUGUUUCAGUAGGCCCGGAUCCUUAGAAAUGUUUCAGUAGGCCCGGAUCCUUAGAAAUGUUUAAGUAGGCCCUGAUCGCUAAAAAUGUUUUAGUAGGCCCGGACCCUUAGAAAAUUUUCGCUCUUAUCAGUAUCAUAACUUCCCAUUACAGCCCAGGCUUUUUGAAAAUUUAAAAACCAUUUAGUUAAAUUGAAUACAAAUUUUCAGGCUUAUUUCUGGUACCUCAUGGGGCCCAGGUUCUGGUACCUCACGUGGCCCUGAUUUUGGUACACUUUACAGUUCUUGUUCUGGUACCUUAAUCUGGCCCUAAUUCUGGUACCUUAAUGUGGCCCUGGUUCUGUUAAUGUGGCCCUAGUUCUGGUACCUUAAUGUGGCCCUAAUUCUGGUACCUUAAUACGGCCCUGAUUCUGGUACCUUAAUGUGGCCCUAGUUCUGGUACCUUAAUGUGGCCCUGAUUCUGGUACCUUAAUGUGGCCCUAGGUCUGGUACCUUAAUGUGCCCCUGAUUCUGGUACCAAUUUGUGGCCCUGAUUCUGAUACCUUUAUAUGGCCCUGAUUCUGGUACCUUCAUAUGGCCAUGAUUCUGGUACCUCACGUGGCUCUGAUUCUGGUACCAUAAAGUAGCCCUCACUCUGGUAUCUUUAUGUGGCCCUGACUCUGGUACCUUUAUGUGGCCCCGAUUCUGGUACCUAAAUCUGAUGCUAAAACACUAAAAAUGCAUUCAAACAAAAACAAAAUUUGAAUUUGAUGUUUGAUUUAUUUGAUGUGCAGUCCACUGGACAUCAGGAUCCAAAUCAUAUUUAGCCAUACGUGAAACAAGAAACGCGCUGAAUUUUAAAAGUCAGUCCUAAAUCAUGAAGUGUUGAACCUUUUGAUUAUUUCCAUCAAAAUUAUGAUGAACAAUUCUACACAGACACAGAUUUUUCACCACGCUGCAUACCGGUAUAAGUCGGACUUCCGUUACGGCUGAAGAAAUAAAAAAAAAAUUUGGAAUUAGCAUGGAGAUGUCUUGCCUGAGGUAUCCCUCAAUACGAAUGUACUUGGCAACUUCGAGUAGGGCAUGGAGAUAUCUUGCCUGAGGUAUCCCUCAAUACGGAUGUACUUGGCAACUUCGAGUAGGGCAUGGAGAUGUCUUGCCUGAGGUAUCCCUCAAUACGAAUGUACUUGGCAACUUCGAGUAGGGUGUGAUGUAUUGCAGAAUCGAUGGCUCAAACUGACCAGUGUUUACGUUGGUUCAUAUAUGAAAAAAUUAUAUAGAGGAACAUAGUCCAUUUCUAAUAAAAACACUAUAAUCACAACAUGGAAGGUGUCGACUUCUGUGGCAGACUUCUGAGCCAUUCUUGAGCCAGAACUUCCAAAUGGUCUAUCGUAGUAAUAUCUCAUAUGUUGCACCUAACUACUGUAAAUGCAUGGUUUCAAUACCGGUACCAAGAAGACAUGGAGUAUGACUAAGCGUGAAAAGAGCACUCCUCCAGUUGAUGAGAUCAGGAUUGAUUGAAAAAGAUAGAGGGAAAAAAAAAUAGUUCCUGUGCCCAAUCCAGGUCUUUGUUAUCAACAAGCUGCCCUGAAAUUCCAGAUGUUGAUUUAAUUUUUGUUCAAGGUGUAGCUGAGAAGGAUGUUCAGCUAAAGGCAGGGUACUCUGUUCAACUUGAAAAGUAUUUUUGUGUUUGUUUGCCAACAGGAACUGCUUCAAAAUCUUUCAUACCAAAUCCAACUGAAUGAACUUUUUAAGCCUAAUUCAUUAACUUUGAGGUUAACAUCUGACAAUUCAGACACACAUUGGCUGGUUUGGUGCCACAGGGGGCGACUCUCAUCUUUUUGCUCGCACAAAGGUUCUUCGUCUUCAAAUGAUUCAUUUUCAAAGUUUGAUUCAUUGUCAUCAAUGUCGUCAUCUGUAUCGAUUUCAUCAGAGGAUGUGGGGUAAUCUCUGAUAUCUGACGAUUGUUCUAACAUCACCCAUAACUGUUGUGCUGUGGGAUAUUUUAACAACAGUUCAAACAACAGCAUCAGUUUGCAUGAAAAUAAGACGUUUUAAUUUUAAGCAUUUUAAAGAUAAAUUAUCAAAAUCACGGAUUUUCUUGAAAUGCAACAAACUAAAUAAAGUCUAAAUAUUGUAAGAUGCCUAAAUUAAAUAUUUAAAUAUGUUGAAUUUUAAUAUUCGGACUUGAGAUAAGUUUGGUGAAAUGUAAACCUAGAUCAUUUUCGUUAUUUUUUUUAAUUAAUAAAUUUAAGAAUAUAUAAAAGAUCUAAAUGAAUACUUACCUAGAUAUAAGUAUCUAAAUGCAUAAUUACUCUGAUAAAAAGGAUACCAUUUAAAGACAGCUAAUUUUUUUUACAAAUGAAUAAAUGUCGUAGUCAUAGUUCUGUGCAAUCAAUGUCAUUUGUAAAUGUGUAAAUGUCUUAAACAACAUUGAAAUCUUUAGAUGGGGUUAAAUGAAUAAGUGAAAACACCAAAAAAACUUACCAGCACCCCCAGAGCACUAAGCUACUGCCGCUCUGUCAGCCAUCUUAAAAUAAAGUAUUGUCUCUCUCGGCGUAAAACUAGGUCAAAUUAGUGUUUACAAAAGGUGUCCAGCAGACUCCACAAGUGGGUCCAAACGAAUAUUAGCUACUAAGUUAGAAAAAGUCAUACAAAACUAUUGUCCAGUGGGCUGCACGCUUCGAUUCAGGAGGCUAUUGUUACCCUGAUUCUGGCACCUCAUGCGGCUCUAUUUCUCGUACCUUAGGACAUAUUCCCAUGAAUAAUCUAAAAAUAAAUAUUCUACGAAAAUAUUUUACGAAAAUAAACAAAGAAAAUCUCUCAGAAAAUACAUAAACUUAUAAUCGAUGCUUUCUACUUCAUGCAUUUCCAGCACAAUGCAAUUUCGUUCGAAAAAAGGGGUAAAAAUAUACGCAAGGCUUUAUAUAUGACAGUUGGAUAGAUGUUAGAGCACGGACAGUGCGUUCAAAGUUGAAAGCUACUUAAGAUUUGACAGUUGGAUAGAGGUAAUGACGAUGAUAAACAGAUGAAGGACUUUGACUGUUCAUUGACUUUUGUUUGGCAGAAGAGGCAAAUUUGAGCUCAACAAACCCAGGCUACUUUUGAAAGACUUGGGAUAUGAUAAAGCAUGCACUCGGGAAAUUGAACCAAUGAAGAACAACCCAUCUGGGUUUGUGUUAACGAGAUGGCCAUUCUGCAUGGACAACCAGAAGGUAAUUGGUCGUUUUGUAUGUAUAUGGGAGCCCAAUUCAAUUUUCCUUAUCAAUCUUCUUAAACCCUUCAGCGAGCCAACAAGGUCGCUAGGCUACCACUUUGAGAAGCACUGCUUUAAAUGGAGCAACAGAUUCAUAAAGCCUGUGACGUCACUGACACCUCUUUGUAACUUGUUUCAGCACCCCCCGAUCUACACGGGCACCAUUAACUGUACGCUGCUGGACGUUAUCAAAGAUGACGUCAGGUACAGGAAGCCUGGCACAAUCGGUCAUCAGAUCACUCUACAUAAAACACAAAGGUAAACUCAAGAAACAUAAUUAUUCCUAUAGCCAUAGAUUAAAUAACAUAAUAUUAUGUUAACGUUAGAUAUGGAAUUGGAAUGAGAAGAAAUCCAGGAUGGGUGGAUGGAUCAUAAAUGAAAGAUAGGAUUGGCGAAAGCGGUAACUUAGUAGGAAAUUAGUAAAACAAAGUAACUUUAAACCUGAAAAAAAGGAACGCAAGAAAACAACGAACGUGUCGGCAGGAAGCCUUCGUCCAUGAAAUAAGAACAGAAAAAAAACAGAGUAGACUCUCUGGCUCAUCAUUUGGUGAUACCAAAAUGAAUGUAGUCAAUAGCAGUAGAAUAUCAGGUUCAUAACUUGGUGAUACCAAAAUGAGUGUAGUCAAUAGCAGUAGAAUAUAAGGUUCAUAACUUGGUGAUACCAAAUACAGUGUAGUCACGAGCAGUAGAAUAUCUCCCGACAAAGUAGUGUCAUGAAUAGCCAGACAUAUGUACAAUAAAAAGAGCAACUCUAUGCAAUCGCCUUUUGGAAUAUUUUUUAUUUCCCUUAUAUGAAUGUAUAAUCUACGUAUUUUAUCCCUGCUAUCAAUGUAUCGUUAUUUUUUUAUUUUUAAAAAAAUAGUUGUUUUUUUUAUCUAUUCAGCUUUGAAGUCCCAAAUGUCAUCACUGAAGAUAUAAGUGGCUUCAAAAACCCUUGCCUCUCAUAAGUUCAAACUCUACCUGGCAAUAAACGACCUCUGGAGAAUGUUCACAUCUCAAAGGAAUUUGCCGAUGACUUAAUAAUUAAUUAUAUAAAUUUAAUCAUUGUGACAUAGUCCAGUCAUAUUGUGUAACAGCCCUUAAUUUAAAUAAACUGUAAUUGUGAAUUAAUUAUCUUUUUCCUUAUUACUUUAAUUUAUAUUUUACAAGUCACGUGAUCUGCAAUGCAACAAAUUACAAUCAGAUUUAGUUGAAUAUAUUGCUUUUCUGAAGUUGUUCAGCAGGGAUGGCCAACAGAAGGCCCGCGCGCCGCGUGCGGCCCCCCGGGAGUCAUAAGCGGCCGACGGAGUUAGGUCAAAUGAACAUAAUAAAUGCUAAUCAUAUAUUUUUAAAUUAUAGCUAAGAAAAAUAUCUGAAAUAUCUUGCAUUUUUGGAAAAAGUCAUUGGUUGUUAGCUAUUUUAAAUAACCCUAUUUUCGGGAACAUUCAUGGAUUUUAGCUAUUUCAAACAUCCCACUAUUUAAUAAAAUUUAAUAUGAGACUUUAACUUCUGAUAUAAUGCUUUUUUGCGUACUUGCAACGCCAUUCGUAGCAAACGUGAAUUUUUUGCCUGGAAGAUUACAAAUGGAACAUUGUGAAAUGUGCUGUAAUACACAAUUAAAGGAGAAAUUCCAUCAAGUUGGUUUGGAAGAGUUCUAUAAAACGUAUUUGGACAAGAAUAAAUAUCCGGCAUUUUACAAACAUGUUCUGUCGAUGUUUUCGCUAUUUGGAAACACAUAUGCUUGUGGGCAGCAUAUAAAUCGUAUGAAGCACAUCAAAUCACAAGCCUAAGUGAGAACACGAAUUCCUGAUUUUCAUUUGGAAAGGUGUUUGCGUGUAACGUUAAUAUCAGUCGAGAUCCAUUUUGAUCUAUUUAGUUCUGCACAACUGCACAAUAAAGUCAGAAGUCUCACUUUAAAAUUGUUUAAUAAAUAUGUUUGAUUCUCAG